AUUUUCUUCUCUCUUUCAAAUACUAUUUAUUUAUUUUUUUAAUUUUAUUUGCUUCCUCUGCGCGCAAGCUUAUAUAACAAACAUAGAUCAUCUCGUACGGCAACUUCAUCAUUAGGUCGACUGCUUUAUAUAUUUAGAUUGUUGCCCUUGUUUCCUCACUUUGCUUCCUCUCUCUCUCUCUCCAUCCUUCUCUUUGAUAGACGUGUUGUGUAUACAUUUCUUUAAGCGUCAAGAAAGAGGGCUGAUUGGUUCUUUGCAUGGAUGGAUCCUUCAAGUGGACAACAGCAGGAAAUGGCUUCACAUUCAAUUGAAAACAUGCUGGUUUGUUCAAAACCUCAUCAAGAAAGGAAGCCAAGACCUCAACCAGAACAAGCUCUCAAGUGUCCAAGAUGUGAUUCCACAAACACCAAAUUUUGUUACUACAACAACUACAGCCUUUCUCAGCCAAGAUACUUCUGCAAAUCAUGCAGGAGAUAUUGGACAAAAGGUGGCACACUGAGGAAUGUUCCAGUAGGUGGAGGUUGCAGGAAGAACAAAAGAUCAUCAUCAUCUUCAUCAAAAAAGACUCAAGAUCAUCACCAAUUAACUCCUAAUACCCACCCUCUCUCUAGCCUCCCACCUUUAGCUUAUGACUCCAAUGAUCUCAGUCUUGCCUUUGCUAGGCUCCAUCAUCAGUCUACUGGGCAGUUAGGGUUUGAUGAUCAGCAUGAUCUGUCUAUUUUGGGAAACCCAAAUAGUCACACAUCAGCUGCAACUCCUUCCUUGUUUGAAGCUCUGAGAUAUGGGUUUCUUGAUUCACAAAGCAAUAAUUUGCAAAAUUUGUAUUAUGGAUAUGGAAAUGGGAACAUGGGUGAAGUGGAAGAUAGUGGGAUUUGUAAUGUUAGUGGGGAAAUGAUGAUGCCUUAUGAAGAUAUGAGUGGUGCAGCCACACAAGCUGUGACAGUGACAACAAUGAAGCAAGAACUGUGCAAUGGCAGAGAAGAUGAGAAUAGCAAGCUUUUGUGGGGCUUCCCAUGGCAGAUCAAUGGAAAUGGGAUUGGUGGUGAGCUUGAUCCAGGAAGAGAAAACUGGAAUACACUUGGUGGUUCAGCUUGGCAUGGACUUCUUAAUAGUCCUCUAAUGUAGUUAGACAUAAAUUUGUCUAGCCUAGCCUAGCCUAUAUAAAAAUACUUGCAAGCAAAAUCCCAAGAAGCAAACAUAAUUUUCUUCUCCUUUUUGGGAAUCAAAUCUCAGUUUUAGCCACCCCUUUGAGAGUUUUUGUGUUGAAGAGCUAUGAUUCGUCACCUGAAUCAUGCAUCUAUUUUUGUUUUAUUAUUUUUAUUAUAAUUUUUGCUCUUUGCUCCUA